AAUGUCUUUCUGCGUUCGAUAUAAUACACGUAAUAAUCACGUGGUGGUUCACCGUACGAGAUCCGUGUCGUUAGAUAGGUCAUGAUAAAUAUUUUCAAACAUCUUUAGUCAUAGAAACGUUAAUAUUGGAAUAUAAUAUUUUAGAGCAGAUCAUGAUCGGAUAUAUUUUUGUAGCCUGUUAUACUAGUUUGUUUUGGUUACUUUACAAGCCAGUUAUACCAAAAUUGUCGGCAGCUAUAAGUAACUCUUUCAGGAAUUUAGACAAACAUCAAAAGAGAAUAUGGAGCGAAAAUGCUGUAUCAACAAUACACGCUGUCGUUGUGUUUUUACUGUCUGUUUGGAAUCUGCUAUUCGACAAGGUGACCCUUGAACAACCCGUUCUCGGAGCCGGCUGGGCUGUUGUCCAUCUGGCCGCAAUAGCAGCUGCAUUCAUGAUAGUUGAUAUUGGUAUUAUGCUGUCGGUUGGUGACCGCUCUGUCUUCUUUUACUUUCAUCAUUUAUCUGUCGCUUUUGCCUGUAUAUUUUGCCUAAUUGAAGGAAGAUUCUGCCCAUGGUUCUCUUCUCUAAAGUCAUUAAGUGAAGCAUCGACGCCUUUUGUUCAUGCGAAUUGGUUCUUGAAGGUUACUGGUGUAUCAGAAAGUAGCGUUUUAUCCAAGCUCUUGACAUAUGUGGUUUUCACAUUGUGUAGAAUACUAGUUAUUCCAUUUUUUUGGUUUUAUGCAUACGUCUACUGGGAUGAGGGGUGGGGCGAACAAGUUACAAAAGUAGUUGUAGCUCCCGUGCUUAGAGCCGCGAUGCUAAAGUUACUUACUCUACUCAUUGUUGCUGGUCUUCUUGGCUUUGUAGAAUCAGAUUCAGUAUGUGGUGACAAAGUGUGCGAAAACGGAGGUGUUUGUUCGCAGAAUACUUGCUUGUGUAAUAAUGAUUACGAAGGAACUACCUGCUCUAAGAAGAAAUUGACUACUGUUGCUCUGAUUGCUAUUAUUCUUAUUUGUAUUUUUCUUUUGCUUGCUGUGCUAAUAACGGUGUGUAUAAUAAAACGACGAAAGGGGAGACAACAAGUUCCUCUGAUUGACAAGGAAUCAAGAAGAUCCAACUACAAUGACGAAGAAGAGCCCAGGAUUAACAUAGCUGAAGCGGAUAUUCAAGAGAAUUUGAGAAAGCACUCUAAAAACCAGCAAGUACCCGUAAGUACAAUCUCUGAACCAGGAGCCUCUAGGCCAGUUUUGACAAGUUUAAGCCAAGAUGAACCAUACUCAAGAAACUCUCAACAGCCAAAAUCCUCAAUUUUAGCCAAACCAGAGCAUUCAAAUUCAGUAGUUACGCCUCCUAAGUUAGAGACAAAUAGAACAACAGCUGAAAUACCUUUAAGAAAACCACAAAAUUCUGUACAUGAUCAAUCGGAUAUUAUUCGCCGUGAAAGACCAGUACCGGCUAAACGUGUUCUAGCUGAUCAGAAUUCAACAAUAGGUUCAUCUGUAAAAAUGCACUCGGGCGAACCACUAGCUCCAGUUAAUUACCUAACACCAAGAUCAACCACAAGCACAAAUUCAACAACAGACUAUUUCAGCACUGGUGCAUCAUUUUGGUAUCCAGCCUACGUUGGAGGACCAACAGGCGGUAUGGGAAGCUCACUUAUGAUGGUGGGAAGUUCUACUUCUUUAACCAAAGUUCCAUCUCGAAAGUAA